AUGCCCUCCUUCCAGACACCACCGCCGCCGCCCCAUCCCCCGGCCGGAUCCGACACCGCCGCUCCCACCACCGCCGCCGCCCCUCCGCCGGCGGCGCGAAACCCGAGAAAGAGAUCCCGAGCCUCCCGGCGCGCCCCGACAACCGUUUUGACAACAGACACCACAAACUUCCGGGCCAUGGUCCAGGAAUUCACGGGCAUACCGGCGCCGCCGUUCGCCGGCCCAUCCUUCCCCCGCCCCAGCCGCCUCGAUACCCUCCUGGGCUCCAGAUCCGCCCUCGACGCCGCCGCCACGCCCUACCUCCGCCGGCCCUUCUCCCACCGGGGGCCCACGCCGCCGCCGUUCUUCCUCCCAACCUCCGCCACUACUAAUAAUAAUAAUAAUCUUUUACUAAGCAUCAAUAAUAACACCGAAAAUAACGAUAACAACAACAAUCAGAGCCAAAACCAGCUUUUCACCUCACUCCUCCAAACAAACCCCUCCAAAUUCGUAUUCUCCGGCGCCGCCACGUCAUCGUCGAAGCCCGCGUUCCAUUUCCAGCAGGACGAUAUAAAAAACGGGCCGGGCCUGGACGCGUUCGGGCUGGGUGUGGGCCAUGGGGGCCUCAACGACCUCCCGAGCCUUGUCUCGUCCGAUCGGGCCGCGGCCCGAAACGAUGGUGAUCAGGACGAGGAGAAUGCGGCCAAGUGGAGGAGGAAUAAUAGCAGCAGUGAUGCUAAUCAGGGAUAUAAUCAGGCCCGAAUGAAGCCCGUUAACGGGGGAUUCGAUUUUUCGGGCCCAAACUCGUCUGGCCCAGAUAACAAUAUUCCCACAAGCAGAGUAGGAGAUCAAGGUAUGGUGGAAUCGUGGAUUUUUUCUUCAGAGUAG